AAAUUUCCCUGUAACUUUGCUUAAGGAAACGAAAUCACACAUAAAGAAAACAAGAAAAGUGGAGAAAGAUAGUAGCAGCAGAUCAGAUCAACAUAUAAAAAAUUUUGGCUGAUAUUCUGAGGAUGAAUUUCAAAAAGCCUCAUCACACCGCGGACCAGAAUGCUAUUGAGAAGGAUGCAGAUAACUACACAAUAAAACCAACUGGACUCAACAUCGUCUGGGGAAAUGAUCCUCGAUACUGGAAAGUAACCAAGAGCGAGGCAGAGUUGAUACAAGUAUCAUGGCUGGAAGUAUCGGGAGUAGUGAAGGCGUUAAAGAAGGGAAAGAAAUACAAAGUUGAAUUUGAGUUGAAUGUGAAGCCUGGUGCAUUCGGUUGGGAUGAGACUCAAGUACUUGUGAUGGCCAAAGCAGGCAAAUCAGGGAGGUAUUCAUUCAAAGAAGCGAAACUAUCAGGUAGUGAGGGUCGUCACGUGACCAUUCCAUCAAGUGAACCUCUUGAAGUGUCGUUCCCAGCAGCAAUUUCAGACUCUGAUGCCAAUCUCUACUUUGGAUUGUAUGAAGUGUGGAGCGGUAAAUGGAAAGGUGGCAUUGAAAUUAUCAAAGCCAAUGUCACAUGCAUCGAUUGAGAGUGCACUACAAGUCUACAACAACAUUAUUAUGCCCUUCGGCAGACAUAUAAUUAAUAUAUAUAUAAAGCAAUAAAGGGUUUGCGUCUUUGCGAUAUUGCCAUGCAUGAAAAUGAUUGUAACAAGUCAAUUGAAUUAUUAUGUUUAUGAUGAUA